AUGUCUGGGGCCAAAACCAGUGGGGUACCUACGAACUUGCCGCCAGAGGGCUCACCGCCGCAGGCGACGGAGGCAGAUCAUGAGGCGGACGAUGGCGAAUCUGGCGGCUCUUCUUGUUCGGAGGCCAGCGACGUCUCCGACUUCUUCGACACGCUCACGGAGCUGUACCUGUUUUUCCGUGACGCGGACUUAUCACGCCGUGAAGUCAACAGACUGCUUAACAUAUUCCGUAACCCUCAGUUCAGUUUGAAGGAAUUACGCAAGUGGCGCAACUACGCUGACGUGAAGCGAUGGGGGAAGGAGCGUGCGCCGCGGGAUAUGGUUCCAUGGAAAACUGAGCAUAUCGUCGUGCACGGGCCCAGAGGAAUGUCCCAAAAGCUUCUCUUGCACUUCCGCGACACAGAGCUGCUUGUGAAGAAGCUAGUCCGCAUUUUUUCGCGGAGGAAGGGUUUCGUGUGGAAGCCACAGGAGAAGUACAACGAGAAGGGGAAGCGCGUUUUCGAGGGGCCAGAAACAGGCACUUGGGUGCACGAGGCGCAGAAAGAGAUCAAGGACGACAAGGCUCUGAUUCUCGGGGUCAUCGUGUACAGCGACAGCACUCAGGCGUCGCGCAACGGGCGGCGGAAUGCGUGGCCUGUCUUGAUUUCGCUUAUUAACAUGCCGGAGGAAUUGAGGUGGUUUGAGCCGGGCCACACUCUUGCGGCGGUGUUGCCCUUCUGCCCGGAAUGGGCUAGCCCGACAGAGAAGGCCCGUGUUUUCCAGGAGGCGCUGAAGAUCAUACUUGGACCCUUGAUGCGGGAAACCGCAAGGCGGAAGAAAGAUUUGAAAAGCGACACGCCAAGUGUGUUGCUAAGGAUUCCUGGGGGCUCAUCAUUCUUCCUUUCUGGUGCCCACUAUGCGGCGUUCGAACAUCGUGCCAUGAUGCAAAUCAUGCCGAUCAUCAUAGCGGACUCUAGUGCAUUGAAGAGGGGAAAGGCGGGAGAGCUGAGGGCGUUGCAGGUUAGAGCCUUCCGUUUUUACGCCAUGUUCUACAAGGCGUUUUUGGGAGUGGCGGCGCACACCCGCGACACGCUGAGAGCGGCGAGGCAACAUGCUGUCGCGUAA